GCGCGAUCGGGGAUGCGGAGGUCGCGGCGGAGGUUUGGUGGAAACUUUGGCUGUGCCUCUUCCGUUAUGCAGUCACGUGAUUGGGCGGUGAGGGCUGUACUGUGUAGAUUCCACUUCCAAGUUGUCUAACGCGGGCUCCUUUCCCGAUGGGGUUUAGACCAGGGCGGAAUGAUGGAUUAUGGGUCUUGGUUUUUGGUGCAGUGGGUGCUUCUACAUCUGCACUCAUCACUACAACAGUACAACUAUCUCUACAUGAACGUUCAACUCCUGAGAGCGGAGUUCUUGUUUCUCUCGGAAUGCUUUGCUCGACUUUUAAUGCUUGUCUACUAUUUUUCUUCGGUUCUUGCCACUCAAUCGGUCACUGCUACCUCAGUUCUUGAUUCACAGUGCAAUCGCGUCCCGAAUUAUGGGCGGCACGUGGCUUGUAGCUGCGAGGCUGGAGUUGAGACCUUUGCUCUGUAACAGCUGAUCAAUCGCAAUACUUGACAGACGAUAUUCACAGACACGAAACAAACUAUCAAUUGGGCAUCAAACUUCAUUGCUUCAGGACGGUGGGUGCGAUGCCCAAUACCG